AUGGAGGACGAUGCGCGAAGUGGCAAGACAAAGGCCACCAACGUGACGCUGCAGUGCGGUGGCGGUGGCUAUGGUGGUGGCUAUGAUUCCGGCAAGGGCUCCAAGAGCAAAGGGAAGCGCAAGCGUUCCGAAGAAGAUGCGCGAAGUGGCAGGACAAGGGCCACUAACAUCACCCUGCAGGGUGGCCUGCCGAGUCUGCUCACGGGGCGCGCUGGCCGCGACGACAUGAUCGUCGGCACAGAGAUGACCUUCGACAUUGAGGAAGAAGCGCGAAGUGGCAAGACAAAGGCCACCAACGUGACGCUGCCGGGUCGACUUUGCUGGCCACGUCAGAGGGCUUUGAGGCCGAGCUGUUGGCGGGGCGUCGAGGGUGCUUGCUGCAGCCGGUUGAGAAAAGUGGCUUGA